CGCACCGUUUGCUGCAGACGCAGGUGUUAAAAGGUGCGAGGGGGGUUAAAACUCGCACCCAACACCCACGCAGCCAACAGCAGUUCUUCUCCGCAGUUCGUACAUCGCGCGCGUGCUCGACGAUAUUUCGAUAUCGUGUUACAUAUUUUUUUAAAAUAAACUCGUUCGGAUCGGCAGAUAAACAUGCAAAACUUGAAGAAUAUACGUAACGUGUAAUCCGUCCGCGAAAUCGUUGAAAAUCAACCAAAAAAAAAAAAGUCUGUGCUUCGAAAUUUCCAAUUUUUGAUCUCUGGAUAGGGAAUAUAGAUUCCCGUGAUAUACGCGGUUUUCUCGUUCUCCGUUAUCUGCACAUUAUAAUUCGUGUUCAAACGAAACGCUUGAUGAAAAUUCGGGAGUAUAAUAGCUGGAACCAAGAAUUGAACACCUCAUUCAAAUAUGGACGGAGAUAACACGGAGUAAAAUUGGGAGAACGAAAUUGAUGAAUAACAUUUAAAAAAUGAGUGAUCACCGAGUGUAACGAUCGUAUCGAAGAAGAAAAGACAACAAGAAAAAAACAAACAAAAACAAAAACGUGAAUCGGUGUACGAUAAAAACGAAAGAAAAAAAAAAACAAAAAACCAAAACGAAGAGGGUCGAGCACAGCUGAAAUUUCAAGGGUGUUUGAAAGAAAAUUCAUUCAAUCAAAUGCGACACGCUACGAGCGGGAUAAUCAUGAAGGAACCACUGCAGCAGGUGAGUAACAAGCAAGAGAUAAAAAUGGAAUGGGAAGGAGGCGAUCGUCAUCAGGACGUGAGUUCGCCGCAGAUCCAGUCGACUCAAUCGUUGGAAGAUCAAUCGAACAAUCCCGAGAAUUUGCGGAGCGUGAUAACGACCAGGAGACACGUGAGGACCAUUACGACGGCUGGUCACAUCACCGAAGGUGUAGCCGAUCUGGAACCUGACUCACCAGUUCCCAGUCCGGUCGCCUCUAACAUUCAACAGGUUAUUCAACAACAGAAUACCAUCAACAACAACAUCGGCAACAACAACAACAACAACAACAACAACAAUAACAACAACGGCACCACAACCGGUGGGCAACAAGAACAACAGGAACAACACCAACAACAUUAUCAAGAGGAACAGCAACAACAGCAACACCAGCAGUUUGUUCACGUGUCACGUGGCUCCAGUCCCGGUGAUAUUAAAGAACAACAACAACAACAACAACAACAUCAUCACAUAGCUUACGUGACAAACGGUCAGGAACAAGUCGAACCUCAAGAAGGUGGCGAGGUCACAUCGAUAACCAUAGCAGUGAGCAAGGAUCCUCCAAGGUACGGUACACCUCUGCCGGACAGAACGGAGGUUCGGUACGUCUACGCGAAUCAAGAACAAAACGUCCGUAAGGAGGAGUUGGUCGUCCGCGGCGAACAUCAACAACAACAACAACAACAACAGCAGCAGCAGCAGCAACAGCAACAACAUCACAGGUACAGUCCACAGGAAACCGAUCUCCACGCCCGGUAUCAAGGUUCCCCGGUUUCUCAUGGCCCGGAGGAUUACGCGAACUCGCCGAUGGUCUCCCAGACCGGUGAAACAGUUCAAAUUUCCGGAUCUCCCGCGGCUCCGUAUUCCCCACCCAUCGACCGCAUCAGGACAACGCAGCAACAACAACAGCAACAGCAACAACAACAACAACAACAACAACAACAACAACAGCAACAGCAGCAAUUGGUCGUCGCCGGUUACCCAGAUCCGAGUACCGGUAAUUUGAAGUACGACACGGACACGGCUGUUGUUACGGAGGGUAUAAAAGGAUCGAGCACGUACACGACCCUGGAAACAGUCGCCCUGGCGCCCACCCAGCCGGUUCAGUACGCGCAAUACAUAUCGGCUAGCGAAUCCUUUCAACAGACAGUUCCUAGUUACAGUUAUUCGAAACCGAGUGAUAUGUACCUCAGUUAUCCAGCGACGAGUCAAGCCGGAGGAAGAGGUCCGGAGGUCGACUCGCCCGGCAGUGUUUACAUAAAAAACGAUCCCACCUUGACGUCCUCGUCCCUUUUGAGCAGCGGUCGUUUACCCCCGUUACAUUACGAUCAACCGGGCUCUCCCGGCUCCCAAGUGACCCUUUACGGAAGCGGAACGGCGACCUACCAAUACGUGAAACCGUCCGGCGAUCAGUACUGGCCUACGGGAGGAUCGACGCCUCCUUCGACCUUGGAAUUUGUCCAAGGUUACGGCGGCAGCGUGGCGGCGAUAUCGGCCAGCGACGCGGCUAACAUGCAACUUUAUUCGGGCGGCGGUUACAACGGGAACGGAAACGGUGCGGGAAACGGUCCUCAGUCGCCCUGGACAACGUUGCCCCCCGGCUCGGGCGACGACAGUUUCGAAGGUCAAAUAAUGACCGCUGAAUUGAAGGAGUGCGUCAAUUGCGCCGCGAAUAUGACACCCCUUUGGCGGAGAGACGGCACCGGUCAUUAUCUUUGCAACGCCUGCGGUCUCUACAGUAAAAUAAACGGAGUCAACAGACCGCCAAUUAGAUGUGGAAAACCGAAACAACCAGUUGCACCGAGCGGUGGUCGCAGAACGGGCGUUCAAUGCGCCAAUUGUCACACGAACAACACGACGCUCUGGAGACGUAAUAACAACGGAGAGCCGGUAUGCAACGCUUGCGGACUCUAUUACAAACUGCACAACGUAAACCGACCGCUGAGUAUGAAGAAAGAAGGUAUCCAGACGCGCAAAAGAAAGCCAAAAAAUCCAACAAGUUUGCCCGGAAAUAUGGCGGGAUCUAGCGGUUUGCACAAAACCGAGCUGAAGGCCAGCUUACUCGUGGAAUCGAAGUUGUCGUUGAACAUGUAUCCCAAUGACGGCGGGGGUGAAGGUGGAUCAGGCGGUGCUGAUGAACAUUACCUCCCUGUCGGCGCUUUAACAAAUACUGGACAUCUAAAUCACGCUCAUUCACCCCUGGCGCUACCCUCCGCCGCAGCCCUGAACCGUCAAACAACCCUAUCUGUCCCCCCAUUGGAGCCGAUCAAUAGUCGAUCGUCGGCGGAUCUGACAUCGGUUAUAACGUCGACAACAGCUGCGGUUCAUACCGACAGAAACUGAAAAUAUUUGACUUACUUAUUGGUUGUACAGAAAAGUCAGAAGAUUUCAUUUCACUCCUUGUCCAAUGUAAGGGGUUGAUUCGUUGGAACGAACGUUUUUUAACUUAGCGGCAGCCGGAAAUCUUUGUUUCCUGACGUAUCGACGGCGAUCUCUAAUACCGACGAACGAUACGACGUACGUAACGAUGCACUCUUUCUUCCGCUGCCGCUAAUAAGAUAAAGUAAAAUUAAAAACUGCCUCGUUUAUCCAACUUCGAAACGGCUAAAUUCGUCCGCGAUUGUACGUAGAAGUGGUACACAGUUAAAUGAAUAAAUAAUUAAAUAAAUAAAUAAAUAAAUAAAUAAAUAUAUAAAUUAGUUAUAAGUAAAUAGAUGAUUUAAUAAUUAUAGGUACAAUACGAAUACCCUUCCCUGCAGCUAGUUCUAUGUAAUUAAGUGUAAUACAUAUGUAUGUAUGUGUAAACUGAAUACCAUCAUAUAUCGAUAGCAUAUAACAUGAAAACUAUAAUCAAUCAAAUAUUAUAAUAAUAUAAAUGUAAUUUAGUACGAGUGACGGAUGAUCAACUGUUCUACGUUAAUAUAAUUAUAGUAUAAUAUAUACAUAGACACUUUUAUCAUUAGAUAGUUGAUUUUUUUGUUAGUGAUUAUCUAAGUGUUUUGAUUUUUUUUAAACUACCUUCCAACUACGAUAAUCGUUUCAUAUGUUACUAUUAUUAUUGUUUAAUUUAAUUACAUUCCCAAAGACCUGUAUGUGUAUAUGUAAAAAAUAGACAUAUACAGAUACCUAUAUUUAGUAUAUAUGGAUAUAUAUAUCGAAGAAAAUUAGCCCAAAGAGUAAUAUAUAUAAAAAUAUAUACACACGAAAUCAAACUACAUAUAUUAGACAUAUAGGUAAAAAAAAAAAAUCAUCCCAAACAAAUUAUUGUUUCAAACUUUAUACCAGAGAUAUAUAUACUACGCGAGCUAUAGUAAUCACGCUGUAUAAUAUCAAAUGAUGUAAAAUUUGUGAAAAUUUUUCAUGUUAUCGACUGGAAAAUGAUGAUAAUAAUAAUUUCAUUAGAUAAUCAA